AUGUCAACAAGUAAAAAAAUUAAAACAGAUAAUAAUAAUAAAAUAUUUCAAGAUGUUAUUGAUUUUGAAAUUUUAAAAUCUAUUAUCAAUUAUUUAUUAAUCAGUAAAAAAAAUAAUAAAAAUAAUAAUACUAUUAAUCAAUAUAAAAUUAGUAAAUUUUAUUUAAAUAGAAAUGAAAUAUUAAAUUAUAUAUUAGUUUCAAAAAAGUGGUAUAAUUUUAUAUCAUUAACAAUAUCAAAUAAUAUUAUUAAUAAUAAAUCAUUUGAACAUUGGUUAGAAAUUAAUUAUAAUAAAAAUAAAUCAUUUACUGAAAAUUAUAAUAAUCAAAAUCAAUAUGAUAAAAAUAAUUUAGUUUUUUAUAGUAAAGAUGAUGGUGAAUUCUAUGUACAUAAACAUAAUAAUAUUAGUUUUAAUAAAGAGUUUUCAAUUAUAAAAAUCAAAGAAUCAAUAAUCAAUGAUUAUCUCAAAAACAAUUUAUUUUUAGAUAAAAUUACAAUUGAUGAUUUUAAAGAAAUUAAAAAUAAAUUUGAAAAUAAUCAAUUACUUUAUAAUAGAAUUGUAGUUAAUUUUUGUCGUAAUAAUGAUGAUACACAAAUGACAACAUAUAAAUAUGGUGAAGUUCAUUAUUUUAAAGAUCAAUAUAAAAUUUUAUUUAAAAUACAUGAAUAUGUAUCAAAUGAAAAUUCAGAAACCAUAUCAAAUUUAUUUAAAGUGUUAGAAUUAAAUCAUGAUUUUGAGUUGGAUAAAAUUUAUAAUCCAAAAUCUGAAAAGGAUAAUAAAGGUAAUAAGAAACCUACUACUGAAUUAUAUUUAAAUAGUUUAUCAAUUGUUGGUUAUGAUUGGAGUAAAGAUGAGGAUGAUGAUGAAGAAACAGUAAAGAUAUUCAAAAUUUUCAAAGGUAAGAAUUUAAUUUAUGAUGGUUCCGAUAUUCAGCAUGAAAUUUCAACACAUGUCAAUUAUUCAGCAUUAUUUGACCCAGAUAACUCAGGUCAACAAGUUGAAUCAAUUAAAGUAAAAAGUGAACGUGGUAAUGAUGAGUAUGUCGAAGCACGUCAUUUAAUUAAAAUUAAUCAAUUUGAAAAUUUACAUUCAAUUACAAUACCAAUUAAUUCAUUUCAAAUAUUAUCAAACUUAUCCGAUGAUAAAAUGGUAUUUUAUCAGUUUCAUAGAUAUGAUACAGAUCCAGACAAUUCAGAUAAUAUGAAAUCAGAAUUAAAUCAAAUGAUCAAUUCACUCAUCACAUGUAAAUCUUUAAAGAAUUUAAAAAUACUAUGUGUAAAUUCAAAAAACUAUUCAAUUGAUUUUGAAAGAUUGGUUGGUGGUGAUAAAGUUUCGCCUUAUGAAAUAAAUAAAACUAUAGAAUCAUUUUCAAAUUCAUUUAAACCAUUAUUUUCAGAAUUAAAUUCAUCAAUUGAAAGAAUUGAAUUUGAUUGUAUGGGUUUAUUAAAUAUCAAUACAUUUUCAAAUUUAUUAAAUAAUAAAUCAAUUAAAUAUUUAUAUUUAUAUGAUGAUAGUGAUUUCUUUGUUUACUCUUCAAAAGCAAGUGAUAAUGGUGGUGGUAAUGAAUUACAUAAAGAACCUAUUUCAAUUAAUCAAUAUUUACUUGAGAAUAUUUUUUCAUCACCAUUAACAUCAAUCAGGCAUUAUAGAAUUUGUUUCAGAGAAUCAAAACAAUUAAAAUUCAUAUUUAAUUUAAUAUUAAAUAAUAUUUUUAAAUUACAUUUAUAUUCAUUAAUAUUUGAAUUCUGUGAAAACGAAAUAGUUGGUGAAUUUGUUAAAGAAUAUAAAAAUUUAAUAAAUAAUAUUUCAACACAACAACAACAACAAGAAGAACAACAAAAAUCAAACAACAUCAAUUUAAAAGAAAUUAAAAUUAAAAUUAUAACUCCAUUUGAAUAUGAAGAAUAUAUUCAAGAAUUGAAUAAUAUUAAUAAUCCAUAUUUCGCAACAGUAAUAAAGAAAAUAAUUACUGAUUGUUAG